AUGGCGACCAUCAAGGCCAUUGAGGCCCGUUCGGUUCACCAGAUUCAAUCGGGUCAGGUGAUUGUCGAUUUGUGCUCCGUUGUGAAGGAAUUAGUGGAAAACAGUCUCGAUGCCGGCGCAACAUCAAUCGAGGUCCGUUUCAAAAACAACGGGCUGGACUCGAUCGAGGUACAAGACAAUGGAAGCGGAAUAUCACCGGAGAACUACGAGAACGUCGCUCUGAAACAUUACACGUCGAAACUCUCGUCCUAUGAGGAUCUCUCCCGCUUACACACCUUCGGCUUCCGAGGCGAAGCUCUCUCGUCCUUAUGCGCUCUAGCCGAUUUCCGCAUCGUCACGGCUCAAGCUAAUCAAGCUCCCAAGGCGACUAGGCUCGAAUUCGAAACAUCCGGGAAGCUGUCGAAGACCCAAAUAGUCGCGGGCCAAAAGGGCACAACAGCCUCGGUGGAGGGUUUGUUCAAGAAACUCCCCGUCCGCCGCCGGGAGCUGGAAAAGAACAUCAAACGAGAGUAUGGGAAGGUCUUGAAUCUGCUCCAUGCCUAUGCUUGCAUAAGCACGGGGGUACGCUUCAGCGUCCGGAACACGGUGGGAAAGAAUCGGAAUGUGGUGGUUUUCUCGACGAAUGGCAACCAGACAACAAAGGAGAAUAUUGCGAAUGUCUACGGCGCGAAGACUCUACUGGCGCUCAUCCCGCUGGACUUGGCCUUGGAAUUUAAGCCAUCCGCUGCAGGUAGGCGGACAGCUGAAGGUGAGCUCCAUACAAUCCAGGUCAAAGGGCACAUCUCUCGUCCGGUAUUUGGUGAAGGAAGGCAAACGCCGGAUCGUCAGAUGUUCUUUGUGAAUUCUCGACCCUGUGGUCUGCCGCAAAUUGCAAAGGCGUUCAAUGAGGUCUACAAGUCUUUCAAUGUGUCGCAGUCUCCCUUCGUCUUUGCGGACUUCCAUAUGGACACAAAUGCCUAUGAUGUGAAUGUGUCCCCUGAUAAACGGACAAUUCUGUUGCAUGACGCAGGAGCGUUGAUCGAUUCCCUCAAGCAGUCUCUUACAGAGAUGUUCGAAGCGACCGAUCAGACUGUUCCUCAAUCUCAAAUACCUGGCUAUAAGCAACCUGGUACUAAACAGCAGUUGGGGACACUGCAGGCAGUUACCCCUCGCAGGGUUUCAAGCGAGAAGGAGGCUAUCACAGGAGAGCAAGACCAUCCCGCUGAUGAUGAUGAAGACACAGAAUCGAGUCACCUGAGCUCUCAGGCGAAGCUGAAAAGCUUUCUGAGCAACCUUGGUUCACGACAGGGACGAGCGACUCAAUCCUCGUCUCCUGUCCGCAGAGAGGAGUCGGAGCAACUGGUUUCGACUGCAGCGCCGGGUACCCCUGCCGGUCGGGCUGAAUCCUUGACCAGGACGGUUGAUAAUGAACUAUUCGUUUCAGAGGGUGGGACACCAUCCCCUGAAACUCCCCAACUCCCUAAGGUGACGGACGAGGAACAAGAGUCACCGAGAGACGCCGUAGAGCAGUCUACGCCACGGGACGGUUCUGAGCUCUAUGGACAACACACCCCUUCAACUCAACCAGAUCUACUCGAGGAGACACCCAAUGUCAUACAGAAUGCCUUCGAUCGAAUGCGACCCAGACGUAUGCCCGCUGAAGUUGCCACCAUCACCAUUGGCAACAAGACAAUUACGUCCAUGGUAGGAAGCGGAAUACCUAGGAAAAGGACCGGAGGAUCGAUUGAUUCCGCCGGUGGAAGAUCAGACCGCAAGAGGAGGAUACACACUCCGUCUCGUUCUAAUAUAUUUGGCAAACAUAUGAGGGCCUUUGCAGCUCCAGGAUCGCAGAUAGAGCAAGCUAGCAGCGUUGAGGCCGAGGAGGAGGUGGAGGAGGAGGAGGAGGAAAGAGCGGAAGAUGAAGAGAUCAUGGACAGUGAUUCCGAAGACGGCUCCCGUUCAUAUUGUCCGUCCGAUAAGGAGGACGAUCGCUCCGCAGAGGUAUCGGAUGAUGAGGUCAACGAGUCCGAAGCUACAGCUGCGGAGAUGAUGAAUGAUGAGGAGAAGAAGAAACACGAAGAAGCCGAGGUGCAGCGGCUCAUUCGACAGGCAGAGGAAAAAGCAGUGUUGCCUCAGGAGAAUAGUAUCCACCGUGCGAACAAGCUGAACAAAGGGGCUGGUCAUCGCGACUCCACAACACAUCUGAUGAGCACCGUUGACGGGUCGCUUUCUAGAAUUGAGGGCCAGAUGAAGAAGGUUCAGCACAGCCUCCGUUCCUACAGGAGCAAUGUGGACUAUUCUCAGGAAGACACGGCGGCUGCCAUGACAGUCACAGCAGAAGAACGGUUGUCACUGACAGUUACCAAGGAUGAUUUCGCCAGGAUGCGCAUUAUUGGGCAAUUCAAUCUCGGGUUUAUCCUAGCUACCCGGUCGUCGGAAGAUGGCUCCGCUGAUUCCAAGGAUGAGCUUUUUAUUAUUGACCAGCAUGCGUCGGACGAAAAGUUUAAUUUUGAGCGGCUUCAAGCUGAGACAGUGGUACAGAAUCAGCGCCUUGUCCAGCCCAAACGACUCGACCUCACCGCGGUCGAGGAGGAGAUUGUAAUCGAGAAUCGAACUGCACUGGAGAAGAACGGAUUUGUCGUCGAAGUCGACGACAGCGGCAACGAGCCAAUCGGCCAGCGCUGCAAGCUGAUCUCCUUGCCGCUGAGCAAGGAGGUUGUAUUCGGUGUACGGGAUCUGGAAGAGCUCAUUGUUCUGCUGUCCGAGAUGCCAGCAACCAGCAGCAGCGGGUCUGCCAUGCAGACCCAUAUCCCGCGCCCGAGUAAAGUCCGCAAGAUGUUUGCGAUGCGAGCAUGUCGAUCCAGCAUUAUGAUCGGUAAAUCUUUGACCCAGACACAGAUGGUCCGGGUUGUGAGAAACAUGGGGACAAUCGACAAGCCAUGGAAUUGUCCCCAUGGACGACCCACCAUGAGGCAUUUGAUGACUCUGGGUCAAUGGGACGAAUGGGAUGAAUAUGGUUAUGACAAUGAAGAGGAAGACGAAGAAAGCGGCCGGAUCGAGGUCGACCGCUUGGAUGUAUGGAGGAACUACUACCAAGAGAUGGGGGAAAUGAGCGCGGAGGAAGAAGACGCAGCUAAGGCCGAUGAAGAGGCUGGGGUAUAG